GUUCAGGGUCAGAAAUGCCUUAUGUGGAUCGUCAGAAUCGCAUUUGUGGUUUCCUAGAUAUUGAAGAAAAUGAGAAUAGUGGGAAAUUUCUGCGGCGGUACUUCAUUCUGGACACACGAGAAGACAGUCUGGUGUGGUACAUGGAUAACCCACAGAAUCUUCCCUCUGGAUCUCCACCUGUUGGAGUCAUUAAACUUACCUAUAUUUCAAAGGUUAGCGAUGCAACGAAGCUAAGGCCAAAGGCAGAAUUCUGUUUCGUUAUGAAUGCAGGGAUGAGAAAAUACUUUCUACAAGCCAAUGAUCAGCAGGACCUAGUUGAAUGGGUAAAUGUUCUGAACAAAGCUACCAAAAUCACAGUACCAAAGCAGCCUGAUCCGCUAUGUCAAAUGGAUAAUACAAAUCGCCAAGCUGAAAGCCCAGGUGGAAAGAAGCAAGUGUCUUACAGGACAGAAAUUGUUGGUGGUGUUCCUAUCAUUACACCUACCCAGAAAGAAGAAAUCAGUGAGUGCAGUGAAGGGGGUGAUAGGAAUUACUUGAAACGGUCACAAAGUCACCUUCCUUAUUUUACUGCUAAGCAUCCCCCAGAUAAUGCUAUUAUCAAAGCUGGUUACUGUGUAAAACAAGGAGCAGUGAUGAAGAACUGGAAGAGAAGAUACUUUCAGUUAGAUGAAAACACAAUAGGGUAUUUCAAGUCCGAACUGGAAAAGGAACCUCUCAGGGUUAUACCACUUAAGGAGGUCCAUAAAGUUCAGGAAUGCAAACAAAGUGAUAUAAUGAUGAGAGACAAUCUCUUCGAAAUUGUAACAACUUCUCGAACCUUUUAUGUACAGGCGGACAGUCCAGAAGACAUGCACAGUUGGAUAAAAGCAAUUUCUGGGGCCAUAGUAGCACAGCGGGGACCUGGAAGAUCAGCAGCUUCUGAGCAUACCGAGUCUUCUUCCGAACCCAACCAUGCUCUCCGUUCUGCCAUCCCAGCCCCAGCCACCUCACAUUCCACAGCCGCUCACGGCAGCCCUCUGGUCCCAAACCCUCACGCCAAAUACCCUGCCUUGGAGAAGCGAGGAUUUCACGAAUCUUUUACCAAGGCCAAGCCAGGGAGCUACAAGAUCCAGGUUGUCACUCCAAGAGAAUCACCUUCCAAAGUGACUGAACGGGGCUUCUCGGAACCCCAAAGUAAAAAUGGCACUCAGGAACAGGAUCCUGGCCUUGUGGAUCUGGAUGAUGCAAGCCUUCCAGUUAGUGAUGUGUAGUGACGGAAGUGUUUGGAGAAUGAUCCAUUUGUUCGGUCCUCUAAUUUCCUUGCUCGGACUUUUAACCAAAGAAAAUUAUAGGAAAUGAGAACAAAAAA